GUGACUUGUGUUCUCUUAAUAUAAUAACGAACCAACUGGAAAUAACCGAAAGACCGCAAAUUCCUUCUUAGUACUUUAUUUCCCAGAAUUCUCCACGACUACGUCUUAACAAACCGACGUCUAGGAUUUAAAAGUGGCUCAGCAAUGAGCAGAAUGAACUGGGAUAAUCAGUUAAGUUCCAUUAUCUCAGCAGCUGAUGGCAGUGUUGCUAAAAUACGAGAGCGUCUUGCCAUGCACAGAAGGCUUACUAGAGGAGAAGAUAUGUAUCCGGUGAGGGAUCUGAAUCGGACUGCAGGUUUGGACACCUUUACACCUCCCUCUCCCUCACAGACUGCCUCUGCACUUAGUGGUGCUGUUCAGUGGACUGAUCUUGCAGCCAUACAGGCCCAGCUUCGGAGCCAGAGCCAGGCUAUUGAGUCUCUAACACAGACCUUGCAGUCAGCUGAAAGAGAAAGAAAAGCUCAACAAAGACAAAUACAGACAUUACAAGAGGAAGUGAGUAGACUUGAGGAGAGACUGGAGGACAGCAAGACUGAGCGAGAAAGAGAGCACAACAGGAAGGCUGUGAAAGACCCUUCGGAGGAGAGACGGCUUGAGCAAUUGAAGAGUGAAUUGGAACGAGAAAUGAGUGUGCUUAGAGACCACAUUAACAGGGCCAGGUUUCUAGGCAACCAGGAGGAAAGUGUGAACUUCAAGUUGUGCAGGGAGGAAGUGGAAGAGCUCAGGAGAGAAGUGGACCUGCUCAAAAUCAAACUGAUAAGGCAGGAGGAAGAUGUUUACCAACAGCACUCAGAAGCAAGGAGGCAGUGUGAACGUAGCUCCAAGAAGUUGGAGAGCAUCACAGAUUCCUUCCACACACACAGCUUGGAACUAACCAGGAUUAUCUCGCAGGAUCAACACACGCAGCAAGAAGUAAGAGAUCUCAGACUUGCAGUUUCUGAACUGAAGGACCAAGUGAGAGGACUGACUCUGAGAGACAGACUCACCACACCUAAAAUGGCACAAAUAUCAGUGGCUGCAGUUGCUGUGGAGACCAGUCCCCGGAGACCGUUGUCGUCAAGGUCAGACUUGGACGACGAAUUCAGCCCCACCCCCAGUCUUGGGGACGUGAGCUCAGAUGACUUAGAAACAUCCUGGCUGGGGAAAUCAGUACAAGAACUGAGACAUCAAGAACAGGAUGCAGAUUUGAGUCUGUCUGGAAGUGAUGUCAGCAGCACUGCAAGUGGACUUGGGAGUAACCACAGUGACACAGAUUCUUCAGAGCUCAGUCUGAGCGAUCUUUGACACCGGAUACAGGAAGUAAACUGCAUUUACCUAUACAAAAUGACAAUCCAAGUCAUUCAAAUAAAUCUAACCAUGUAAA